AUGAUAUUUGAUGAAGAUGAGCCAGCCUGGCACAAACUGGGAGAGGUUGUGUUAUCAGUGUUCUUUGUCCUUGAUGGUAUUAUGUGGGUCUAUGGAUGGCUUUUCCUGGAAGAGCCCCUGGCCAACAAGGAGCUUUUGAUAUACACGGCCAUUGAUUUUGCCAUAUACUUGUUCUACUUAGUCCUCGCCAUCCGCGCCGAAGCAAAGGCUACCCACGAGGCAUUGCUGGCCCAGCAAAAAGCACAAGAUUUGGAAGCUGCCGCUGCAGCCGGCAAUGUUUUGCCACCAUCCGACCAGCCACAAGAAACUGAAACGGACUUUAAGCUCAUGACAUGA